AUGCUAUGCAAGACGCCUAAAUCCACUUCUUGGAACUUGUCAGACAGCCCUGAUCUCACUGGCCGGGUCGCCAUCGUGACAGGGGGCAGUACCGGGACCGGUUACUUCAUCAGUCUUGAGCUGGCUAGGAAAGGUGCAAAAGUGUACUUGGUUUGUAGAAAUGAAGAGCGAGCCCAGCGGGCCAUCAUCUCACUUCGUAAAGAAUUGCCAGAUGGAUCAUUUGAUUACAUCCACUUUGAUUUGACGCGACUCCGAACAUGUAAGGAUGCUGCUAGUACUUUCCUAAAGCGCGAGAAUAGGCUCGAUAUCUUGAUUAAUAAUGCUGCUGUUAGUCGCUGCUCAUCUUACAGUCUCAGCGAGGAUGGCAUAGAAAUUCAAGCAUGUAACACCGUUGGCCACUUCUGUUUGACGGAACGCUUAGUUCCCUUGAUGAAGCGGACGGCGCAAGUUGCUGAUGGGCGGCAUGCUAGAAUAGUCAACAUCACAAGCGCAAGUCACAAGUUGAACAGUGAACCGGAUUUCGCCAGUUCGCAAGGGUUAAAUCAAAGGCGAUGCUCGGCCUUGGAAAGGCAUGGCAAUAGUAUGCUUUCCAUAAUAGUUUUUAAUCGCGAACUACAAAGACGCUUACAAGGGACUGGGAUUAUUUGCCUUGCAGUGCAUCCGGGCUUCAUAAGUGAUCAAGUGCUACAAAACAGCAAGAAACUACGCGAGUUGACCAUGCGGCUUAUUCCCCACAAAGGUCCCAAUUCCCUUAUCGUGGAGGCGAAAGAUGCAGCCUUCACACCACUGUACGCUGCUAUUGCUUCGGAAGUGGAGAGACUGGAAUUGGGAGGGUCCUACUUGGUACCUCCCGGGAGACCAGCCACACCCCAUCCCAAUGCAAGAGAUCCGACUGGAAUAGCCGGCCAAAAGCUCUGGGCCACAUGCCUUAAGAUUGUCUAUUAUUCUCAGGGAAUCGUGCGUAACAGGUCGGAAAAAUCAUGUUUUGGACCUGUUUCUCAUUCACACACAUCAGGCAAAGACAAUCACACUGCAUGCUCCUGA